GGCUUCGUUUCUGGCUUCUCUGGCUCGUCUCUCUCAAUUCUCUAGCUUUCUCGGUUCCGGCGUUCAGUCUUGCAGUCUUGUAGUCCCAAUUUCGUCUUGCAGUCCCAACGUUCGGUCCAACGUUCUCGGUUCCGUCUCGUAGUUCCAGCCAUAUCUCUCAGUCCCUCUCUGUUCCCAGUUCUGGUAGCUUCUCUCAUUUCUCUCGUCUUCUUCGGCGUCGUCCCCGUUAACUCCAUUUUUUUCCAGCGAGAGCAGCAGUGGCAGUCCUUUCAGAGUUCUGCACUGUUGUUCUUUCUCUUGCAGGCAAGCGACAUCUCAGUUCUUUCUGUCUCUUUAGCAUUCCGUUUGGCCUUUUCUCAGUUCGUUCAACCCACCGACAUCUCAGUCUCAGGCAGUUUUUCUGAUUCGCAGAUCAUCUUUGGCGUUCCUCCGUCUGUGGUCGUUUUAUCCGAAAAGAGCAGUAGUAGCAGCAUCCCGUCAAUUGCUUCGACUAUCUUCUCUCAAUAUCCCAAAAUUCACAGAAUACAAUACAAUAACUUAACGCCAAAGCCUCGAUAUCUUUCACAAGCAUCGGCGACAAAGCGCAUCUUCACAUGAAAAGGCUCCCAUGCAGCACUCCGACGGCACCUUUGGCUUCUAUGAUUAAACAAUCGCUGUAUUUUCCUUUCAGUUCUUACGACGAGGCUAUCAACUCGAAGAUUUGUAUUUUUUUUGGCCGUCGCAGAGAUUGGAUUUGACCCAAUUCGGAGGUUUGAUUCAUCUGAAUUGAUCUAACGUUAUGGAAGCAUCUGAUUCUUCAAUGGCUGCAAAUACUGUCACCGGUUCUCCAACCUCUUCUGAGAUUGCUAUCCCUGGUUUUACCAGUGAACAAUACCGUCAACUGGAUCUUUUAUCGCCAUUGAACACCAACUCUGCCAAUUUUGCCGGCAAUCUUGCCUCUUGUCAUUCUACUUCUUUUUCUAACAUUGAAUGGAUUGUUGAUUCAGGUGCCUCCGAUCACAUGACUUCCAAUUUGUCUUCUCUUGAUAAUAUUCAGCUUCUCAAUGAGCCAUGCCCUAUUAAGCUUCCAAAUGGUGACAUCGUUUCUGUAACUCAUACCGGCAUUAUGCGGACUUAUCAACGAGGAGGCUGAUUGGAACGUGUGAAGUACGGGAUGAGCUUUACCACUAUAAACCUCCCUCCGCCUCAGUUUUCCACUCUCAACGUGUUUCUGAUACUACUCUUUGGCAUCAACGUCUUGGUCACCCUUCUAUUUCAUGUAUUCCGAAAACCUUAAAUAUUUAUUCUUUUCAUUUGCCUGGUGAUGUUUGCGCUAGAGCAAAACACACUCGUUUACCUUUUUCUUUAAAUACAAAUAAGAGCACAUUUUGUUUUAAUCGAAUUUA